UAUUAACAUACUAGAAUGAUAACACUAAAUAGCAGCAUUUUAGGGAGACAAAUAAUAUUUAUGGCAAACAGCCAAUGCAUGAAAGUAGCUUUUUACGAAGACGAUGAUGAAGGAAAAAUUAAGAGUAUCACUAGUAUUGUGUGUGACAAGGGCAGAUAGAAGGUGUAGCGAUGCAUGAUGGCCAUGCAAUGUAAAUGGCGAGUGGUAGUGAAAGGAGAUAGAGAGAUUGGGUUCAUCUCCGACGUCCAAACCUCAUCCGUAUGCAGAUUAGAAGCUCUCGUUGACUGAGCUUUCACUUUCACUAUUUCACUAUUUGAAUAUAUGAUGGGUUCAAUGGUGAGGUGUAUAAAGCCAGGCAGUUCAAGAGUUCGUUGGCCACCAUGUCUUCAGCUUCGUUAGUUAAGAGCUUCAACCUCACCUCCUCCGCCCUCUCUCGUGCCACCAGCAGGAAACCUAGUUGUAUUUCUGCCAGGAUCAGCACUUCUUCUUCUUCUAGAUCUCCUCCUCCAAACCUCAUCCAAAACAAGCCUGUUACCUCCGUUCCUGCUAUCACUCGGAAAGAAGAAAUGGCAAAGGAGUACGAAGAGGCCAUUGCAUCUCUCCAGAAACUUCUCAGUGAGAAGGAGGAGCUGAGAGUUGAAGCGGCUGCGAAGGUGGAGCAGGUUACAGCCGAGCUUGCGACAGCCGAGGCCAGCGGCGCCACCAAGCCUUAUGACGCCGCUGAGAGGCUCAAGAGCGGCUUCAUUCACUUCAAGAAGGAGAAAUACGACAAGAAUCCAGCUCUGUACGGUGAACUUGCCAAAGGACAAUGGCCCAAGUUUAUGAUGUUUGCAUGCUCGGAUUCUCGAGUUUGCCCAUCACAUGUUCUGGAUAUGCAGCCGGGAGAGGCUUUUGUUGUCCGCACAGUUGCUAACUUGGUCCCACCCUAUGAUAAGGUUAAAUACGCUGGGACAGGGGCGGCCAUUGAGUAUGCUGUCUUGCAUCUCAAGGUUUCAUACAUAGUGGUGAUUGGGCACAGUGCCUGUGGAGGAAUCAAGGCACUCUUGUCUAUUCCAGAAGAUGGGUCUACCCUCGGCACUGACGUCAUAGAAGACUGGAUUCGUAUUGGAUCGCCGGCAGCGAAGAAGGUGAAGGCAGAUCACGGUCCUGAUACUCCUUUCCCUGAACUAUGCAGUCGUUGCGAAAAGGAGGCGGUGAAUGUAUCGAUCGGAAACCUGCUGAGCUAUCCGUUUGUGAGAGAGGGUUUGCUGAAGAAAACCCUAGCAAUCAAGGGAGGAUACUAUGACUUUAUCAAUGGACAUUUUGAGCUCUGGGAUGUUGAUUUCAGCCUCAACCCCAACUUCUCCGUUAAGGAGGUGGCUACCGUACUGCACUGGAAGCUCUAGGCCAUUUGAGACAGACAAGUGAUGAUAACGUGAACUGGGUUUUAAUUAUAUUUACACAAAUUUAAGCCACUUAUUUCGUUUCAAGAGUUGAAUGUUAUAAUCUUCAUCCACAUCCCAAGUUCUCCAUAAUAUUUCUACCAAGCUUCUCGGUUGUUCUAUUUACGUCAGGGCAGUAUGACUGUCUCGUUGCACUUA